UUUUUUAUCUUUCCCGCUCAAUCGUACACAAAACAUCGGCUCCGGUUAAAUUGCAAGGGGUUGCUAUUCUCUCGCUACAUUUUCAUAGAAUUCCGCAGGUUCUGGGCGACACAUUUGCAUCGGUACUCUUAAUAAAAUGUCGGGAACGCUCGAUGUGUGUGAAAAGUACUACGGUACGAGAAAUAUUUACGAAUUGUUUGGAGUCGAGAAAAAUGCGUCGGUGCAGGAGAUCAAGAAAGCGUACUAUCGACUGUCCCUACAAACACACCCUGACCGUGUGCCGGAGGGCGACAAAAAGGAGGCGACCGAGAAAUUUAAAAUGCUAAGCAAAUUGUACACCAUCCUCAGCGACAAGGAUUCGCGCGCUAUAUACGACGAACGCGGCGUCGUCGACGAUGACGACGAUGCCAGGACGAAUUGGAUGGAUAGGUGGCAACAGUUUUUCAAGCCGCUGACCACGGAAGACAUCCAAAAUUACCAGGCAAGCUAUACCGGCUCGGAGACGGAACGGAACGACAUCAAGCGGGCGUACCUUGGCAAGAAGGGUUGCAUCAACUACAUGAUGCAGACGGUCCCGUUCAUGACGUGCGAAGAUGAACCACGCAUCGCCAAAAUCGUGCAGGAAAUGAUCGACCAAAAGGAGGUGCCGGAGUAUGCGAUCUUCACCAAGGAACCGAAAGAGAAGCGCAAACGUCGGCACGGAAAGUACGCUCGUGAAGCCAAACUAGCGAAGGAGAUCGUGCGGCAGCAGGAGAGUACGGCCUCGCUCGAACAACAGAUUGCGCUCAAGCGAAAGAGUGCCUUCAGUUCCUUGAUUGAAUCACUGGAAGCUAAAUACGGCAGCGGUAAGGAUGAAGCGGACGACCUGUUUGAGCUCGACGAGGAACCACCGAAAAAGCGGAAGAUGCAGCGAAAACAAAGCGCGAGUGCCGCCAAGCCUGCUGUUAAAAAGAAGGCAGCAGCAGCAGCUUCGGGCAGAAAGACCAGAUCGUCCAAAUAGACUGACUUGUAGGCGCCGUAUUAACGAUAUUUUGCAAAACAGCAUCUCUCUUCCUGUUUCGAGCAUUCAAAAUAAGGGAAAUAUUUGGCGAUAUAUACACACACAUACACUAUGCUAUUCCGUAAACUUAUUAUGACCUAACGAAAUAAAUUGCUUCAAAAACGGA